CAGCACCGGAUUACAUCGCUGCUGACUUCCCCCAUCUGUGUGCUUUUGUAAAGACUAUUUUCGGCAAAUAAAACGUGUUUGGGGACAGAGCAGUUCAAAUGGUUCUCGGAUGGAGGGCAAAUUGCUUCAGCAAGAUGAAACAAUGGCGAAUCCAGACUUUAUUCCGCUGGCUGCUGUGUGUCGGUAUUUUGCCGACUGUUUCCCGGAAUCCGCAAACUUGUUGCCAGCUGUUUGGGGAUUUUGCUGUCAUCAUAAUCCUGUAGACCUUCUUUGCAUCCAGCUCAGAGGCUUUAUUGAAACAGGACUCGAGGUUAACAUCUGCUUGUUGGUGUGCUCAUGGAAGAUAUGCUCAGAAACUCCUAAAGGAUUUGUUCACAAACUACACUAGCGCACUGAGGCCUGUAGAGGACACAAACACCAUCCUGAAUGUAACUCUACAGGUUACACUCUCCCAGAUAAUUGACAUGGAUGAGCGAAACCAAAUUCUAACUGCAUAUUUAUGGAUACGGCAAGUGUGGUUUGAUGCACACCUUAAAUGGAAUAAAGAUGAUUAUGAUGGCCUUGAUACCAUCCGCAUACCGGGUAGUUAUGUAUGGAGACCUGAUAUAGUUCUCUAUAACAGCGCAGAUGAUCAUUUCACUGGUCCCAUGGACACCAAUGUGGUGAUUCGACAUGAUGGACAGAUAAUGUGGGAUUCUCCAGCAAUCACCAAGAGCUCAUGCAAAGUGGAUGUGUCUUUCUUCCCCUUUGAUGCUCAGCAAUGCCGGUUCACCUACGGCUCCUGGACCUACAACGGUAACCAGCUUGACAUCCUUAAUGCAAUGGAGAGUGCUGACCUGGCUGACCUGGUGGAAAACGUCGAGUGGGAGGUGCUUGGUAUGCCAGCUAAGAAGAGCAUUGUUCUUUAUGGUUGCUGUGCUGACCCUUACCCAGAUGUGACCUACACACUGAAACUUAAGAGGAAAGCAUCCUUCUAUGUCUUCAACCUGCUCAUACCAUGUGUGAUGAUCUCUUUUCUGGCACCACUUGGUUUCUACCUUCCUGCUGACUCUGGGGAGAAGGUGUCAUUGGGUGUCACAGUGAUGCUGGCACUCACUGUCUUUCAGUUACUGGUUGCAGAGAUCAUGCCCCCCUCUGAGAAUGUACCACUAAUUGGAAAAUAUUACAUUGCAACAAUGACGAUGAUUACAGCCUCCACUGCUCUGACCAUAUUUGUCAUGAACAUACACCACUGUGGCCCUGAUGCCAAGCCUGUUCCCAAAUGGGCCAAGAAAGUCAUUCUGCAGUACAUGGCCAGAAUGUGCUUUGUUUAUGAAGUUGGGGAGAACUGCAUGUCACCUCAGCCAGAGAAACAGGAGCCUCCUCCUGUACAGAACACCAACUGCACCAUGAAUGGUCAGGCGGGACCAGGCAGAGAGGACUGUGUCUUCAGAAUGGACAGAGGACAAGAGAUAGUGGGAUCUAUGCCCGCAGAAGAAAAAGAAGACAUUGAUCAGAUGUUGUCUCCUAUAGGCUCAAUAGGGAAGAACCCUACUAGCAACUACAGCUCUUGGAAGAAUGGCAUUUUUGCAAGCCUGGACUGUGGUGACUCAGGGGAGGGGAGGAGAUGCAGGAAGGGGGGAGUGAGUGAUGGAGAGAAAAAAGACAGAGAGGUUUCCUGCAGCAACCAAAGCAAUGAAAGACAGCUCUUGCGUAACAUAGAGUAUAUAGCCAACUGCCACAGAGAUCAGAGGGCCACACAGAAAAGGACUGGAGAGUGGAAGAAGGUGGCCAAAGUUUUAGACCGCUUCUUCAUGUGGAUUUUUUUCAUUAUGGUGUUUUUCAUGAGCCUUCUCAUCAUGGGUAAAACCAUAUAACUGCAGACCUUGUCAGAAGGUUUGGUGACAGCAUGAAAUGCUGUUAGCACAAAGAUUAUCCCAGGUUAGGACAGGAAUCAUCCAGUAUUAUCAGAUUCUGUAAAAGUUUCUCAUAUUUCCAGGAAUGUUUGAGAUUUCACCUCCUAUUACAAACCUUUUUGUGAGUAGAAUUAAAUCUUUGAUAAAGUUGUUGUUUAUGGACUUUC